AUGGCUGUCCUGUGGCUGUUGCUGCUCGUGGGGCUGCCCACUUUCUUACUGGGACUCCUUGUAUGGUGUGUUGUUCAUCACUUUGUCACAGCAGAAAUCCCCUCUGCCUUGAAGAAUCCUGUGAAGUUAAGGUUUCUGCAUUGCUUAGUGCUGUACCUGAUUGCUUUGGGGAAUACUCUAGAGAAGUUGAGAAUUUGCUCUAUGCCUAAGUUUGUUCGGUUUAUUCAUGACCUAAUGAGAAUAAGGAAAGAUCCUACCUUGGUGGUGACCAACUUGCAUUUUGGGACCAUCCCUGUGAGGCUGUUUCAGCCCAAGGCAGCAUCCUCCAACCUCCAGCGAGGCAUCAUCUUUUUCCAUGGAGGGGCUGUGAUGUGGGGUAGCCUGGAUUUUUGCCACAGCCUGUGCAGCUGCCUGGCCCGGGAGACGGACUCGGUGGUUCUGUCAGUAGGGUACCGCAUGCUUCCGGACUAUCAUCACCCUGUCUUUCUCAGGGAUUGUUUGAAUGCCUCCAUCCACUUCCUGAAGGAUUUGCAAACCUAUGGGGUGGACCCCUCCCGGGUGGUGGCCUGUGGAGAAAGCAUUGGAGGUUGGGCUGUGGCUGUUGUCACCCAGGCCUUAGUCAGCAUACCCAAUCUGCCCCAGAUCCAGGCUCAAGUCCUGAUUUGUCCAAUCGUGCAUUUCAUCAAUUUCCAAUUACCUUCAUACCAGCAGAAGAAAAAUAUCCCUCUCCUCACUAGAGACAUUGUGUUGCUGUGUAUGUACAAAUAUUUGGCUAUUGACCCCUCCUGGGAAGAUGCUAUAUUGAAAGGAACUUGUGUGCCCCCAGAAAACUGGACAAAGUACAGGAAAUGGCUCAGCUCUGACAACAUCCCCAAAAUGUUCCAGAGCCAAGAUCCACAGUCUGAGUUUCCUGGACCUUUUAAUGAGGCUGCCUAUCUGGAAACCAAUCAUGUUUGGAAUGAAGAAAUUUCACCUCUUCUAGCAGAUGAUAAGACCAUCGCUCAGCUUCCCAAGGCAUUCCUGGUGAGUUGUGAGUAUGACGUCCUCCGGGAUGAUGUCUUGCUGUACAAGAAGCGCUUGGAAGACCAGGGAGUCCCUGUGAGCUGGUACCACGUGGAGGACGGCUUUCAUGGAUGUGUAAUGUUAUUUGGUCAGAAGCUUUUCUCUUUCCCCUGCUCUCUGAAAGCUGUAAGUGCUGUAGUGAGCUAUAUAAAGGGCAUCUGACAGUAAACUUGUGCUUUUAUUUGGGUGAAGCAAGGAGGGCCUAUGCUGUGCCUGGGAGCUUUGCUGAGUUCUAUUUUACUGGGAAAGGAGAUGCUGAAGCUACCCACAAUCUGGAAAGGAAUGAGGUUGUGGAAGCAAAAAACGGCUUUUUGUUCGAGAAAAUCCAUCUGUGUUUGUGUUUCCUUCCUAUACCAACAAUGUUUUGUGUUACA